AUGGAGGAUUUGCUCGAGCGCCCCCGUAUGAAGCAUACAACACAAGCACCGAAUCAUCCCCGACCAUCUGCAAAUAUUGCAACAUUCCCGCCGUACAGAGUGGCAGUUCUGCUGUUCCAAUGCUAUGAAACUUAUAUUGAUCAUAUAUCUCGCAUACUGCAUAUUCCAACUGUCCGCGCGCUCAUGAAAGCCUUCUAUCUACGACUUACCCAAGGUAAGUCUGGUCCGCCUGGCCAAGCUGCGCUGCUGUUUUCAAUAUUCGCGCUUGCCGCUGUCUUUUACCAGCCUUUUGAGCAUUCCGAAGUGGUAUCGAACGAGGAUGAUGCGAUUAAUCUCGCGAAAGUUAUGGGCAAAGGUGCGCUAGACACCUUGGAUUAUUCCCGGCGGAGCACUUCAGGAACUCUAGAAGAUAUCCAAGCUUACAUUCUCAUGUCAUAUGUCAUAUUCCACCUCGAUGGCCUUUCCGCUACGGGCCACCUACUGUCAGCAACAGCCGGUGUAAUUGCGAAAGGCCUUUGUUUACAUAAGUUGGAUGUGAUCACUUGUGGGGAGAAGAGUACUAAUCUUCGUGAUAUGAUUGAUCGUGAAGUCAAGCGGAGAGUGUUUUGGUACAUAGCAUCGCAAGACUGGUUGUCAGCAGCGAUUUCCGGUCCCCAGGAAGGGACAUACUCAAUCCACCCAAAUCACAUCAACGUCAGACUUCCAACAGACUGCAACGAUGACGACUUUGUCCUGGGCGGCGACACGGAGUCAGAAAAUGGCCCCCAGCCAAAUAGUACAACUUAUUUUAUCGAAAAAAUCCGCCUCGCACAUAUAUGCCGCGAAAUCGUGGAUACAGUGCCAUUGGACACCAACAGACUCCAGCAAAUGCCCUACGACAAGAUCAUUGACCUCGACCAGAAGCUGUUAGACUUUAUUUCGAAUUUGCCUUUCUUCUUCAAACUUGAUGCCGCAAGUCGCCAGCGAGCUAAACCACUAGAGACCAUGUAUCUCAGCAUCCAACUCCAGAGAUAUUGCAUCACCGGAGCAGUGCACAGCAGACGAUGUAAAUUGCACCAGAGGUUUCUACUCCGCCAAUCAUCCGAUUCUCGCUAUACUUACUCAAGGCGAGCAUGCCUUGAAUCGGCGCAUACCAUCAUGCAGUUCUAUGAAGGGUUCUCAGAUGGCACCCCGCCGCGAACAUUGAGAUACGGUAAAACCAUAGCUGCCCACUAUGUGCACCUGGCGAUGGUAGUGCUCGUCAUGGACUUAUGCUUCAACAAAGACCAGGCAGAUGAAGUAGCGAUCAAGAAAGAAGUCAAGGCUGGCCUGCAGAUGUUUGAGGAUGCAAGCGAUGCAUCGCCACUUCUUGGUCGAUUUAUUAGUUCGAUAAAUCGCAUUCUAGCGAAGUAUGACGUGUACCUGAAUGACCCAUCGACCACUUUGUCGGAUCGGGAUGUCCACUCUGGCAAUGAGAUCGACUCCGGGCCAUUCGGAGCCACGUAUACUGAACAAUCACAACCUUCCCAUCUCCAUCUAGAAAUGUCCGAGCCGAGCGAGAUUCCCGAACUAUCAUUCGACGAGUUCUGGGAAAGAACUAUGCAAGCCGAGCCGAAUACCGAUCUACUUGCCUGGGACAACAUGUUCUCCACGCUCGACUCUAGACCACUCUAG